CGGGGACGAAAUUAAGUCUGUGUUGUAUGUCCUUGUCCGAAGACCGACGGUGAGAAAAAACAAACGGGAAGAGCAGCGAAAGUGAACGAUGGAUGAACAUUCAGCCCUCCUGGGUCUACAAGUAAGCACGAACGAACCUGAUUCCCAAAUCCCAAGUUCCGGCACGUACGCAGCGAUAAUGGAGAUGGAGGUCAGUCAGAACCUCUUAUACGCGCUCCUGUUCCUCAUCACGGCCGUCUUCCUUUACCUCCGGCGCCGCCGAGCCGCUCCCAAAUCAAAAACGGCCCACUGCCCGCACCCCAACCCCGUCCUGGGCAACACGAUCUCCUUCAUCCGCAACCGUGCGCGGUUCUUCGACUGGUACGCCGACCAGCUCCGUGCAGCCCCGUCCAACACCAUGGAAGCCUGGGGCCCUUUCGGCGCCUCUCACGCCGUCACGACCGCCGACCCCGCGGGCGUCGACCACCUUCUCCGCGCCAACUUCGUCAACUACAACAGGGGCGCCCACUUCCGCGAAGCCCAGUUCGACCUCAUCGGCGACGGCCUCUUCGGCGCCGACGGCCGCCUCUGGAGCCUCCAGCGGAAGCUAGCCUCCCACGCCUUCUCCUCCCGCUCCCUCCGCCGCUUCACCCGCGACGUCCUCGCCGUCAGCCUCACCCGCUGCUUCCUGCCCUUCCUCGACGCCGCCGCCGCCGCGGGAUCCGUCUUGGACCUGCAGGAGGCGCUGCGGCGGUUCGCGUUCGACAACAUCUGCCACGUGGCCUUCGGCGUCGAGAGCGCCACGCUCCUCGAGUGGGCGGACGUCCCGCGGCACGAGGCGCUCUUCGCGGCCUUCGAGACCGCCGUCCGGAUCUCCUUCAUGCGGACGCUCACGCCGUCCACGCCGCUGCGGAAGCUCACCAAAUUCCUCAACGUCGGGAACUCGCGCCGGCUAAGAGAAGCCGUCGGCGUCAUAGACGCCCACGCCAUGUCGGCCAUCCAAGCCAAGGAGGAGGAAUUAGCGAACCGUCAAGGAAACAACGACCAGGGCGAUCCGGACUUGCUCGCGCGGUUCAUGGCCGCCAUGGACGAGGAGGAAGGCUGCAGCAGCGAGCUGGCCGCCAUGUUCCCCACGGCGGAGGCCAAGCGCCGGUUCCUCCGGGACGUGGUGGUCAGCUUCGUGCUGGCCGGGAAGGACACGACCACCUCCGCCCUCUCAUGGUUCUUCUGGCUCCUCGCCGCAAACCCGUGCUGCGAGCGCCGCGUCCACGAGGAGGUCUCCCGCGAGGGAGACAACAUCAAAGGCAUGCGCUACCUCCACGCGGCCAUCACCGAGGCGAUGCGGCUGUACCCGCCGGUGCCGCUCAACGGGAGAAUGGCGGUCGCGGACGACGUGCUCCCGGACGGUACCGCGGUGCGCGCCGGCUGGUUCGCCAACUACUCGGCGUAUGCCAUGGGGCGGAUGGAGAAGCUCUGGGGCGAGAACUUCUUGGAGUUCGUGCCUGAGCGCUGGCUUGGUGAUGGCGGAGAGUUCAUGCCCGUGGACGCGGCAAGGUACCCGGUGUUCCACGCCGGGCCGCGGGCGUGCCUCGGGAAGGAGAUGGCUUACUUGCAGAUGAAGACGAUCGCGGGGGCCGUGAUCAGGAGGUUCAGGAUCGACGUGGAGGCACCGGUGGCCAGCAUGGAGUCGCCGCCGGAGUACGAGAUGACCGGCUCGAUGAAGAUUAAAGGAGGGCUACAGGUGCGGCUCGUCAAACGGGACCAGGAGUGAUGCUGAAUAAGUCUUCGUCGACUAAAAUGCGCUAGUACUUUUUUUUUUAGGCAAAAAUGCGCUACCUCUGAAUGCAAGUCUCACCCUUGAAUUUACAGGAUACCCUCUUUUCUUCUCCAUGGGAUUACAUCCCGAGUUAUUGUGAAAAAAAAAUAAAAAGGAUAUGGAAGUCAAUAUUCUCGCAUUUAUCGCUACUGCACUGUUCAUUUUAGUUCCUACUGCCUUUUUACUUAUUAUUUAUGUAAAAACAGUGCCAAAAUAAUUAAUUGGAAUUCCAAUUAAUCAUUGAAGAAAUGAAAAAA